AUGAGGAUGUUCGGUUUGGAUGCCGUGCUUCUGCGGCUGCGGGGGUGGGCGAAGCCGUUCGAGCACGUGUCCGGCGCCUUCGCCUUCACGACCGGCACGGCCGCGGCCGUCUUCUUCAUGCUGCUGCUGCUCUUGGUGCAGUUGAAUGAUAUUUUCAUGCUGCCGCGGGCAGCGAGGGGCGGCGGCGGCGGAGGCCGGGAUUCGGAGAACUGCGAUUGGACGGAGGGUGAGUGGGUAUGGGACGAAGGGAGGCGAUUGAUUUACGAGCCCGCGGAGUGCCCGUUCGUCGAUGAGGGCUUCCGUUGCACCGAGAAUGGCCGGCCCGAUAGCUUCUACGCCGACUGGCGGUGGCGGCCGGCGAACUGCAACCUCCCCAGAUUUGAUGCUACGAACAUGCUAGAGAAGCUUAGAGAUAAAAGACUAGCAUUUGUGGGUGACUCAAUUGGUAGGAACCAAUGGGAGUCCCUACUGUGCAUGCUCUCCACUGCUGUUCAGAACAAGAGCUCAAUCUAUGAAGUGAAUGGCAACCCAAUCACAAAGCACAUGGGCUUCUUAGCCUUCAGGUUCAGGGACUACAAUUGCACUGUGGAGUACUACAGAUCCCCCUUCCUGGUCCUUCAAGGCCGCGCCCCCGCCGGCGUGCCUGCGAUCGUGAAAACCGUACUUAAGUUGGAUACCGUGGAUCGGUUGGCCGUUCACUGGAAAGAUGCCGACAUGCUCGUCUUUAACACCGGACACUGGUGGAACUACAAGAAGACGAUGAGGGGGGGCUGUUACUUUCAAGAAGGAAAUGAGGUGAGGAUGGAUAUGACUGUUCACGGUGCAUAUCUGAGAUCAAUGAAAACACUGUUUGAUUGGAUUCAAUUAGAAGUCAAUACGAGUAAAACGCACGUCGUCUUUCGAACAUAUGCUCCUGUACAUUUCAGGGGCGGCCACUGGCGGAGCGGCGGGGGUUGCGAAACGGAGACAAUGCCGGAGUGGGGCUCUCCUCCCUCUUCGAAGCCGUGGGCUGAUUUCUUGGAACCGUUUAGGGAUCUGCACUCGAACAAUUCUGCAAAGACCGAUAUAGACGUGUUGAAUGUUACAAAAAUGACGGCUCAACGGACAGACGGUCAUCCAUCGAUAUAUUAUCUCGGUGUGUCGGUCCGCGCCCCUCGUCAUAGGCAGGACUGCAGCCACUGGUGCUUACCGGGAGUCCCCGACGCAUGGAACGAGCUACUCUAUGCACUAUUCUUAAAGCGUCAAUCUGCGACACAUCGAGAUUCGACUGUAAAUAUAGGAUACUAGAAUUGUUUUACCAGCUUUGCUCCAAAUAGUUCCUCUGCGACAC